AGGUCCGCGGGCUCCAUGGGCCCGCGCCUGCCGCCGGGACCCCCGCCUGAGCGCCUGCUCCGCCGGGCCGCCGCCGCCUCGGCGGCCACGGGCGCACCCCGGCAAGGCGCCGACGCCGCCGCGACGCCGCCACCGAGCACGAAGCAGAUCGAGGCGUUUGCGAGCAGGUCGGGCCCGCCCGGGGCCCCGAGGACCAAGCUGGCUCUUGCCAAGGUCUCCGCAGACAUGAGACGCCACGUGAUCGACAGCUUCACCUUCAGGCCAGUGGCCGGCCAGUCGCCUGACGCCGCCCUGGAGCAGUGCUGCGGAUCGUGGGGGAGAAGUGCCAGCCGCGCGUGUGGGCCGCCGUUCUGCGCCUCUGGUGCCACGGGUGGUGUACGAGCACACGCUUUGGCGGCAAUGGCCCUUGCCAGUUUGGAUGCCGCGCAGGUCAAGAUAGCGUUCGCCACCUGGCAUUUUGCCCAGUCGUGCGCGCCCUUCCCGGCGCCUCAUCCCCCCCAGCCGCACUCGCCCUCGAUUGUUUCUUGAAUUUGGGCGCUCAGGGGGCUGACCCAGCUGCCAUUGUACAGUGGGCUCUCCAUGUCUACAGCCUUUACCGGGUGCACAAUGCACGUCGGCAUGGGCACCUGGAUGUAGCAGACUUCGCAGGAGCUUACCGUGACUUCCUCUCUCCCUCUGCUCUUUGCUUCUCCGUCCUCCUCCUCAUCUGCAUUCCCGGCGCUGCGGGGAGGGGGAAACGUUACGAAUUUCCCCCCCCUGGAUUGCGCUCGCGGUGUAGUUGUUUCAGAGUGUCGCCCCAGAGUUUCGGCCACGUUCGCAGGACAGCCCUGCUACGUGUGCGGUUGCUUUGCGAGCUCCCGAGUCCGGGGCUAUUGCAGUUUUUUUGUUGGUUGUUUAGGGGCCCCGGUGCAAGUCAGGAGCGAGCUGGCAACACUUUGUCUUACAGCCCGCUCCAGCUCGUGUGUUCUUUGUUCUCCUCCUCCUCCUCCCCCUCCUCCUCCCGCUCGGAGUCGCCGUGCUUUUUGGUCCAGGCUGGCUGGGGGAUUCGAAGUCUGGCACAGCUCUCGACCCAGCCUGUCCUAGAUGAUCGGCUUUGGCUUUCUCGGAUCGCUCCUGCGAGACAGUCGGAGGCUGGACGGCACGAGGACGCCCUCGUAGCAUCCACAGCCCGCUUGAAGCAUCCUUCCCCCCUCUUCUCUGUCCUCCCGCUCUUGCCUCCCGGAGGCGUAGCUCCGGCUUGCCCUGCUGGGGUGGGCCGGCUCUCCGCCUCCUCUGCCUGUCUCUUCCUCGCUCCCCCCCGAAUCAGGCAGCCCCAUGCCCAGUGGAGGUUUGAUGGGUGCACGCUGCAGGCUCAGUUCUUCUAUCCCCCCUCUUUGCGUCUCCUUCCCUCUGCAUGCUCGGAUUUCCAAGUAGUUCGCUGUUGUUCAUUUCGUGUUUCACUUCGGUGCGCCAUUUUCGUGAGGAUCUCUCCUCACUGAGCGCCAGCCCUCGCGGGCUCGGCCCGGGUGAUUCUUGUCACUCCCUCCUCCUCCUCCUCCUGCUCCUCCACCUCCUCUUGCUCUGCACGGGUACUGUAGCAUGGUGCUUCUGGCUCCAGGUGUGGUUGCAUUGAUUCGUUUAAUGUAGGCUUUAUGUUGGUCGGCUGGGUAGGCCCUGGGUUGCAUGAGCCCUCACUGGACGUCGAAGGCCGUGGGCGGAUGCAUUGCGGUAUGUCGUGUAUUUCUCUUCUCCCCUCGCUCUCCUCCCCUUCCUCCUCUUCCUCCACCUCCUCCUUCCGCAUUUGCGGGCCGUAAUUCGUGACAUUUUCGUUGCGUGUUACCGCGUUUGCGGACCGCGCUUGCGGGCCGCAGUUUCGAUUUUGGGUGUACCGGCCUAUCCUCGAUUUUAGGCCCCUCCCCGACGAAGCUUGUCACAGUUAGCUCUUUUUGUUUGCGUAGGUUUGUCCAGAGUGAACGUCGAUGGGGCGGAAACUCGGGCAGUUAUCCCGGCGCUGGGAGUCAAAACUGUGUACAGCUUUCGUUGCGUUGCUGAACUGAA